AUGACUCUCCAGUUGCCCGAUUUCGAUGAACUCCCACCAGUCGAAGGCAUGCCCCAGGGAUGUGCAUGGGGUGUUUUCGAUAAAGAUGGUCGAAGGGACAUGUUUGGUACCCUGAACCUCUUGACGACAGAGGUAGUCAAGGCUGCGACUGCAGAGGUUCGAAGGGGAAUCUCCAUCUCUCUUAACUGGCCACUUGGCAGCAUCAGGAAUCCCAAUUUCUUCCGAAAGAGCCUUACUCACAAGGUUAUGAAACUGGAGGAUGGGGAGACUGAUUCACACUAUGGGUUUGACGACGAGGUCGAGUUCAAUACUCAAGCAAGCAGCCAGUGGGAUAGUCUCUGUAUGUUUCAAACGAACAAUAACUUCAAGAUCAAGUCUAACAUCUAA